AGUGGAAAAAUGAAACCGAAAUUACCUUUUUAGUCUUCGUAGAUAUAUAUGUCUUUGAUAUGAGGUUAACUGCGUAGUUCGUUAAAUUUAAAUUAAAUAUGUAAAAAGGGACAAACAAAGCAAAAUGUAGUAUUGACAUUUUCUGUGUAAAGCUGACUAGAACGUCAGCAAGAAAUAUACAACACUUCAGAGGAAAUCCCAGAGAGCCGGCAAGUUUGUUUACCUGUGCAAUGGCAAGUGAACGCACCCAGAAAAUAUACGGGAGUCCUCCCCAGUCCGAGCUUAGACUUGUGCUGCUUGGGAGAAUAGGAGCUGGGAAGAGUACAGUUUUUAAAACCAUUCUUGGCAGAGAUAAAUUCAGGAGUGAAGGAGUCACGUGUGUGAAGAAGCAGGGUGAGGUGGCUGGAAGGACAGUCAUUAUAGUGGACACCCCUGGCUGGGACUCUGUAAAACACACAUCCAAGCACAUCCAAGAAGAAAUUAAGAAUAGUGUGAUCCUAUGUCCUCCAGGACCCCAUGCUCUCCUUCUUGUGGUGCCUAUGGGCGACCAGCUCUCCUCCUCAGCCAGAAAGGCAAUUCAGUAUCAUAUAGAGCUGCUGUCAGUCAGGGCAUGGAAGUACACCAUGGUCUUGUUUGUUAGUGAUGCUGAGGAGAAAUGCACAUACAAUGAACAGAAUCAGAUGCUUGAGAGAGCUAACAGCAUUCUAGUAAAAUGUGGAGAAAGACACUUUCACUUUGAGGUUGGGAAUUCUACUACCCAGGUUACUGAGCUCCUGAAAAAGAUAGACGCCAUGGUAGCGGAAAAUUAUGAAGAUUUCUUUAUCCCACAAGUCUACUAUGAGCUUUUGGAGAGUAAAAUACCAAGAGAAGUGACUGAGCUAAUUAGAAUGUCUGAGGACCGAGUGAGCAGACUGGAACAGAGAUACAAAAGAGAGUUGAAGGAAAAGGAUGAACAACUGAGCAAGUAUAGAGAAGCAGAGAAGGCUACAGAAAUGUUGAAGAGGACAGAUAGCAGUAAGUUGCUUCCCCCUGACAUGAACACGGAGACCCAGGACAGAACAGGGAUGCAGAAGGGUAAGACUGACCAGCAAACAGUGGCUCUACAGGCAAUCAAGCAAGGAUACAGAGAAGAAGCCCUGUCUGUGGUCCAGCACUAUGUCAAACCACUAAUGGUUAUAAUCACUUCAGUACUGGGAGCUCUCAUCGGAGCAGUGGCUGGAGCUCAACACGGAACUCUGGGGGCGUGUGUUGGGAUCCCUGUUGGCAUUGUUGUGGCUGUUCUUGGGUCUUAUGCUGUCCGUGGAGCCGCCACGGCUGCGAGGGAUGUCCCCGGCACGGUCAGUGUCAAGGGACCUGCCGUCCAGAACAGAGAUGAAGGAAAACCCUUCUACAUCAGUUCUCCGAGUGGGUUUAAUAAGGACCAGUGACACUUUGUUUCAAAAUCUAAAAGGUUUUGUAUGGACCAGUGACCCUUUCUUUGCUAAAUGUCUCUUAAUAACAUAACGUGCAAUUGUCUCAUACUUGUUCACGUAUCAAGAAGAUUCAGGAAGUUGAUGAAUGGGGGACCCAGAAAUGUGACCAAUCUCAAAUUCCUGUGGGCCACCAACCACAGGUUUUAACCGUGAUUAAACUCUAAUGUACAGGUACUGUUUACAUCUACCAGUGGCUGUCCCACUACCUACAGUGACUAUCUAAAGGUGAACUCAUUACCCGUGGCUGUCCCACUUACAGUGACUAUCUAAAGGUGAACUCAUUACCUGUGAGUGACUCUGGAUGAAAGUAUCUAAUAAACAACAUAACAUUUAUGCUGUUCACAAUGAAACAAGCCUUUUGGGUUCUGAUGGGGUUCAAUGUUGGACAUUGAGGUGUCGUUGGGUGAAUGCAGAAUCUACUGUAGGUAGUGAUGAAUCAACUGCAAAUUAUCCCUGUAGGUGUAAUUAAUUGACUAGUAACAUGGUGUUGUGUGGCUACUACCGAGAUAUUGUUGUGUAAAUACUAAUGAGAUGGUGUUGUGGAAAUGUUUUUUUCAUGCUAGUAAUAUGCCUGAGUUUCUAGAAACUGAAACAUUUAACAGAUGCAUUAAUUCUUGUCAUAUACAAUGUCUCUAUUAGGGAAAGAUAAGCUCAUGAAUCAAUCUUUGACAUCAUUUAUCAUUUGAACAUUUGAAUUCUGCCUAUAAUCAAAGUUGCCUUCUGACACACAGUCCAUCCUGUUGGCAGAACUUUUAAAGGAAGGUAGAGACAUUGUUUAAACUGUCUAAACAGAACAGAACUCUGCAGUGGAUAUUUUGCCAAUCUGAGGAUUGACAACAUUAACUUAAAUGUUAGGUUUUUCCCUCCAGACAUGGCAUUAGACUGUACUUUUUCAACUUCAGUCCUAAAGGCUGAAACACUUCUGGGUUUCACCUUCUACUAAUUCAGGCCGGGGAUAGCGGCUCACUGCUACCGACUAUAAGAACAAAAACUGGAAGUGUUUGGGGCCCUCCAGGAUGGAAUAUGAAUUACCCUGCAUUAUAAAACUGGGCUGGUGGAGUUCCACAAUCUUCAUUUUGGGUCCCCAUGUCUGAAACUGAAUACCACUGUUCUACAAGCAUAGCUCAAGACACACCUGUUAUUUUUGACAGCACAUAUUAGCCGAAAUAAAUGUAACGAACCUUGUCAACAACAUACAUUUAAAUUAAAUAUUUUGAAGAAAGGAGAAGGGGGUUUUAGUGCCGUCACGAGAAGGGGGUUUUAGUUUUGCUACUGAGAUGGUCUGUUUCACUACGAAUCAACAACAUGCUUUUAAUAGAGCAGUGCAUAUUAUGCUUUAUUGCAUUUUGGCACAGGUUAUAAGUAACAAAAACAUUACGGUUGUAAAUGGUUGGUGUGAUAAUGGUUGAAUGAAAGUAAAUUGAAAGUGUAGCAAACAAAUACAAACAAUGGAACUUGACAUGUUUUGAGGAGAUACUGCUAAAAAUGUUAAAAUGUUUUACGAUAAUUGAAAAUGAAAUGCCAUAAUUAAUUAUUUAAAAUAAAAACAUAAAAAAUAGACCACAUCAUUGCAUUGAAUGCAUAGAAAUAUGUACUGUACUAGUUUAACUGGAGAUAGUGCACUCAUGAAAUUGGAGUUGAACAGAUAAAGUUAAUAGAAAUAUUGUAUUGAAGGAACUGGGACAUAUGUAACUACCCAUCUUGCGUGGUCUGUUUUGGUGCUGAUUAAAUACAGGUUAUGUGGUACAAGAAUUAUGAAGUUUGAUAAGUUUGCC